AUGUCGGCCCACCGCGACCUGCUGACGGCCAUUGCGGAAAAGGAGCGGAGAUGCUUCGAGCUGAGAGAAGAGCUGCGGCUGGAGGAGCUGGAGCUGAAGAGGCUGCAGGAGUCCUGGCAGUCGACGGUACACCGCGAGCUUGCCUAUUCGUCGGCCGCCUCGUCGACCACGUCGCCGACGGCCCACCGCCGUUCGAUGAGCAGCAGCACGUUUUCGGAGCGCAGCCUGCGGUCCUCGCACACCCGCGGCGAGUCCAACGACAGCAUCCCGCAGGCCGCCGCCGAGGCGUGGAACAGCAUCUCGUCGAAGCUGCCCGGCAGCUUCAAAAACGGCCUGACCAACCUCUUUGAGCAGAUGGCCGUCAACCCGAGCGAGCGCAGGGAGGUCGAGGGGCCACAGCCGCCGCCCGAAGUGCCCCAGAAGGGUGACAGGGACCGGGACGGCCUGGCGCCGCCCUCGUCGAUGAAGUCGGCGGGCAACCACCUGACGAUAGGCACGGGCCGGAGCCUCUCGGUGCUGGAAGAGGAGAUGUCGGACAACGGCAGCGCGACGCCUGCCGCCCUCUCGCCGAGAUCGCCGCUCGCGCCGAUCCGCCAUCUCGCAGAUGGGUCAACAGCGCCGGCGGCUGCUGCUGCUGCGGCGGCUGCUGCGGAUGCCGACCGCCAUCGCCGGGAAUCGCGAGGAAGCUCUGCUCACGGCACCCCGCCGCAAGCCCACCGAGGGUUCGGCGGCGAACUCAUCGACGAGGCCGGCCCUCCGACGCCGCCCAAGACGGAUCCGGGCUCGUCCAACACGCCAUCGCGGUCGAGCCUCUGGCAGUCGAAGCGGAGCUCUGUGCUUGGCUCGCUCUCCAACCUGCAGAAGCAGGUGUUUCAGUCGCCCUCGUCGCCGUCUUCGCCCAAGCUUGGCAACGGCGAACGCCGCUCCUCGCGCAGCAGCCGCUCGUCGUCCGACGCCAACGGCACGCAGUCGCCCACGGCACCCUCGUCGAGCGGGUGGGGCCUGGGCGGCACGUGGGCCAAGAAGCUCAAGGAGGCGCGCGAGAACGCCAGCGACAUGCUGCGCGAGGCGGAGAGGAAGCUGGGCAAUGCCAUGACAAUCGACGAGCUGCUCGGCCUGCCGCCUUCGUCGUCUGGCUCCUCGAUCGGCUCGAGCGACCGGGAGAGGAGCACGCUCGACCAGAUAUCGUCGUCGACGUCCCUCAGCUCGCUCGGCGGCGGCGGUGGUGGCGGCAGCGGCGGCGGCGGCGGGGGAAGCAACCGGGAGCGCGAGGCGGACUCGGCCAACCUGCUCUGGCGCAAGAUGAACGCGUCCGACAUGCAGCGCCACGACGAGCGGAUGUCGACCUCGAGUCGGCCCGAAGACUCGCCGUGGUUCGCCGCGGCCGGCGGGCACGCCCGGAGGCGCUCGCUGCAGCGCAACUCGGCGAGCUACACGUCCUCGCCGCACCUCUCGCCCUCGAUCGACCCGCGUCGCCUGAGCAUCGCGUCGACGCAGAGCGCCAGCUCGGCCAAUUCGGGCUCGGGCGAGCGUCGGCGCUCCGUCUCGCCCAACUCGCCGCGGGCGUUUGCAGAUGGUGCCGCGUCGCCGCCCGCCCUCGGCGUCAUGGGGAGCGGUAUUCUGGGUCUCAUCAGCCAGGCGUGGAGCCCGGAGGCGCGGGCGCAGGACGGCAUCCAAGACGGUACCGGUGCCGCCGAGUCGGGCGAGGCCGCCGGGUACCUCAAUGUCGGUUUGGGUGCGGACCAGCGUCGACGGCGCACGAGCGGCAAUACGCUCUCGCCCCACUCUGCCGCCGCCGAGCGACGCACGUCGAUGCUAAGCGAGAUCGGAGACCGUAUGGGCAACAACGACGCCAAGGCCGCCAGUCCGAGCCUGAGCGGUGGCGGGCAGGCGUGGGAGUGGGGCUCGGACGGGUGGGGCGAAGCCAUCAGCCCAAACCGACACACGCCCUCGCCCCGACUCGACCCUGGCCCCGACGGCGGCGGCGGCGGCGGCGGCGGUGGCGGCGGCAUCCGACUUUCCCUCAUCGACGUCGAUGACGAACGCAAGCACCUGCCCCCCUCCUCGGCCUCGGCCCCGGGCGAGGGCGAGCGCGAGGGCGAGGCGACAACCAACCUCUUUCCGCCUCUGACGCCGACGCUGACCUCUUCGUCGCCCCCCGCCGAGAGCCAGAGCGCGACGCCCCGACAGGAUACACGGCAAAACUGGAUCUAG